UUCCGUGGCGAGCCGGUAAAUUACCCGGAUGUGAUAGCCCAUGUGCAGUCCCCUCUCAGUUGCACCACACCGAUCUGUCCUCAAACGUACAGGCGUUAUAUCAUUCCCUCCUGCAGACGUGCACCUCGCAGCAGCCAGAAGCUUUUCACCUCAAAAAUGUUUCGUCUACCAACAGUCAUGAAGCAGGUGAGGCCUGUGUGCCGGGCGCUGGCUCCUCACCUCACACGAGGCUACGCUAAGGACGUGAAGUUUGGAGCUGAUGCUCGCGCUCUCAUGCUGCAGGGAGUCGACCUGCUGGCGGACGCUGUGGCCGUCACCAUGGGUCCAAAGGGUCGCAACGUCAUCAUCGAGCAGAGCUGGGGCAGCCCGAAGGUCACCAAGGACGGCGUGACUGUGGCCAAGAGCAUCGACCUGAAGGACAAGUACAUGAACAUCGGCGCCAAGCUGGUGCAGGACGUGGCCAACAACACCAACGAGGAGGCCGGAGACGGCACCACCACCGCCACCGUGCUCGCUCGGGCCAUCGCCAAGGAGGGCUUUGACACCAUCAGCAAAGGCGCCAACCCCGUGGAGAUCCGCCGCGGAGUCAUGAUGGCUGUGGAACACAUCAUUAAUGAGCUGAAGAAGCUCUCCAAGCCUGUCACAACCCCCGAGGAGAUCGCACAGGUUGCUACAAUCUCGGCCAAUGGAGAUGUAGAGAUUGGAACCAUCAUCUCCAACGCCAUGAAGAAAGUCGGCAGGAAGGGAGUCAUCACAGUCAAGGACGGGAAAACUCUGCACGAUGAGCUGGAGAUCAUCGAGGGCAUGAAGUUCGACCGCGGUUACAUCUCCCCUUACUUCAUCAACACCGCCAAAGGUCAGAAGGUCGAGUUCCAGGACGCCUACCUGCUGCUGAGCGAGAAGAAGAUCUCCAGCGUGCAGAGCAUCGUGCCGGCUCUGGAGAUCGCCAACCAGCACCGCAAACCGCUGGUGAUCGUGGCUGAAGAUGUGGACGGGGAGGCGCUCAGCACGCUCGUCCUCAACAGGCUGAAGGUCGGUCUGCAGGUAGUGGCUGUUAAAGCUCCCGGCUUUGGAGACAACAGGAAGAACCAGCUGAGGGAUAUGGCCGUCGCCACCGGGGGCACUGUGUUUGGAGAGGAUACUCUGGGCGUCGCUCUCGAGGACAUCCAGGCUCACGACUUUGGUAAAAUCGGCGAGGUGCAGAUCACCAAAGACGACACCCUGCUGCUGAAGGGAGGAGGAAACCCCGGCGAUGUCGAGAAGCGUGCGGCGGAGAUCAUCGAGCAGCUGGAGAGCACCACAAGCGACUACGAGAAGGAGAAACUCAACGAGAGGCUCGCCAAGCUGUCGGACGGCGUCGCUGUUCUCAAGAUCGGAGGAACGAGUGACGUGGAGGUGAACGAGAAGAAGGACCGAGUCACAGACGCUCUGAACGCCACACGAGCUGCAGUGGAGGAGGGAAUCGUACCCGGAGGAGGCUGCGCUCUGCUGCGCUGCAUCCCUUCACUCGACGAGAUCAAAGCUGCAAACUCAGACCAGAAGAUCGGAGUGGACAUCAUCAGACGGGCACUACGGAUCCCGGCCAUGACCAUCGCUAAGAAUGCCGGCGUGGAGGGCUCUCUGGUGGUGGAGAAGAUCCUGCAGGGAUCGGCCGAGCUCGGCUACGACGCCAUGCUGGGAGAGUACGUCAACAUGGUGGAGAAGGGCAUCAUCGACCCCACCAAGGUGGUGAGGACGGCCCUCCUCGACGCCGCAGGAGUCGCCUCCCUGCUCUCCACCGCCGAGGCCGUCGUCACAGAGAUCCCCAAGGAGGAGAAGGAGAUGCCCGGAGGUGGCAUGGGAGGAAUGGGCGGCAUGGGCGGCAUGGGCGGCAUGGGAGGAAUGGGUUUCUAAUGCGACCGUCCCGACUCGCUGUACAGACUUAAAAAGGCAGGGUGGGGCUGGAGGAGGAGGAGGGUGGCGGCUGCUGAGGGACAACAAAAAAAGAACCUCUGAGAAACCUGCACCCGCCUCCACCAAACUUUGCCCACACUGACUGAAGGUGAUGGAGCUGAAAGCGGCCGUCGCCUCCCCCUCCCCUCUCCAUCACCUCCCCCCCCCCCCCCCCCCUCUUCUUCUUCUGCUCCUGGGGGCGAAAACAGAUCCAUCAGCCAUCUGCACACACAAGGUGUCAGAGAAGAAGCUAACAUAGUAAACACGUAAUGAAGCUCUGUAUUACAGCAGGGCGUGAUGAGAAAACAUGCAUAGCCAGGAUUGUUCCGUCUCUGUUCUUUGUUUUUUGUCAUUUGUUAAUUCUUGUUUUUUUAUAUAUAUAAAUAUAAACAUUUAUCUGAUGGUUUUUUUUUCUCUCUCAGCUAAAAUAAUGUGAGGUCAAAUCUGUCGUCUGUUUGAAUUAAACCCUUUUUCUUACAGAACUUUGAGCUCCUUCUGUGACUUCAUGUCUCCUUUGUUCCCGUGUCUGCAUGUAGUGCCUAAAAAUGACGAGUUUUUAACAUCACCAGAGGCCUGCUUAAAAAAAAUGAAUGAUCGAAAUAAUGUUUACUGAGGCUUUAAAAAGUCUGCGAGUCGUUUUCAUGCAUGCAGAAGUGACUUUUUCAGCCUUUUAUGUCGUUACGGCUGAACGUUAACAUCUGAUUGUUUGAGAGAGGAGACGUGAGGUUAGGCUCACGUUACACGCCAUUCAAGGUGUAAAUGUGAAGCCCUGUGUGUCAUCGACUUUGCUUCAAACUACAAAAAGACGUGAAACUCGGUAGCUGGUUUCCAUUUCCCGGAUGUGAACAGCGUCGAUCUUCCAGCUCGUGUUGUGUACGAUGUAAACGAUGAUUUUCUUUUUCUUAAUUUAAUAAAUUUAAUUGUUCAGA